AAUGCAGUGAUGUCAGUCCGCCCCACUCCUAUUCAGUAGAAAUGCUGCAGAGCAGGGCUGAGCCUGCAUACCACUGCUGCUGACGACUGACCUGAUCCCACACACACACAAAGGCACACUCUUACACACCCUCACGUCACACACACUCAUCAUACCACACUCACAGAGGCGCUGGAGCUCAGAGCAGAGCUGGGAGAUGCUACCGGCUGGCAACCACUGACAACCUUCAGAGCUCAGUUGAUCCGGACACACAGUGCCUUCACCCCCAGAGAGCCUGACACACUCCUACUGCACCGACGAGGAGCUCUCGACAAAGGACACUACGGUGACCUCCAGUAGUUAGACUGCACCUGAUCCCGCAUUCUUCAAAGAAAAGGGAACCUGACUCUGGAGCAGGAAAAAGGAGCGAUCAUACCCCACCUGCUGAAACACGACCCACUGGACGGAGAGACAGAGGGGCUGACGGUCAUCUCUGGCACUCGGGGAAUAGAGGCAAGAUGCUGGCUAAAAUCCUUGAGGACAUGUGGGUGGAGCCCGAGGUGCUGGAGGCCCUCAGCGAGGAGCAGAAGAGGAUCCUCUUCUUGAAGAUGAGAGAGGAACAGGUUCGCCGCUGGAGAGAGCGGGAGGAGAAGGACGAGAAGGAAGGAAGAGACAACAUGGACACAAGGCCAAAGAAAGUUUACAACAAACAUGUGAGCUGGCUGCUCGGUCGGGAUGGAGAUGUGAGCGUCAGUGUGAUUGGAGAGGUCGACGAGUUCAGAUCCUCCAAGCUCCUGCAGAGCCUCAUGAACAACAGAGUCCGUAGUGAUAAUAUGAAUGGCAUCCAGACAGCGGACUUGCUGCCAGGAAGAGAGGCCCAGCAGCUCGGCUUUAAAGAAGACAUCCAGCUGUCUCUCGCAGAUGUUAGCGAUGACCCAGCUUCACCAAACUGCCAGUCGUCUGAGGAGGACAUGGACUCCUGCAGCGCUGAUGACGACCUGAAGGACCCUGCAGAGGAUAGCGACGGUGAUUCAGGCAGCAGCACGGACAACCAUGGCGACUGGGCUCCUCUCUACAGGCCACAUCUUAGUAGCCAUAGCAACCUGCCGCCGCUCAAAGCCCAGCUGUCAGACACAGAGAGGACUGGCCUGCAGGACAGAGGCGACAAAACAAGAGAGGAGGGAAGAGAGAUUGUGUGUUGUGAAGAGAAAAAGUCUGAACAUGGAGGUCGCGUGGCGCAGCUCAGGAAGGCAUUCACUGAUGAUCCACACAGCAAACCACCUGCCAACACCAAACCUAUUUUACCUGCCAAACCUGCUCACCUACAGAAAAGAAGCACACCUUUGAUCUACUAGGACCGAAGGUGUGUCCGCCCUGCUAUGAGAAGCAGCGCCUUGUGUACGAGCGUAACGAGCUCUGUGCAGAAAAUAAUGGCUCAGUUCGACACUGUGGGGCCAGACUGAGGCCACAUACGUGUGAAGAAAAGGAUUCUUACUUGAACCCAGAGCGGUGAACUGAGAUACACUUUGUUAGGCCUCGAUUCAAGGACCUGUGUGCAGACAGAGAAACGUCUGGGGGGGGGUGGAGUGAGAGAAAUACUUGAAAGCUUUUGAACUGAAGUCAACCUGAAUGAUAAAAAUGAAGCAGCUUUGAUGUUGCUGAGUUCAAAUACGGUCACAUAGUUUCUGUGAUUGACAGGCAGACGCAGAAAAAGACGUCCGGAGAGACACAGACAGAAGACCACGGCUGGACACUUGUUCAAUGAGUGUUAAUGAAGUUUUAUUAUUCAGAUGUCAUAAGCAGAGGUUAUUGGGAACUGAAACAUUUAUUUGAUCAAACUCAUAUUCAGGUCUUUCUUUGCUGUUCAAAAGGUUUAAACAGUUUUCAUUGUUGUCCAUGUUACUGAACUGUUUUAACACCAGCGUUGACAACAUCUUCAUCUAAUAUAUCAGCAACAAUCAAAAGGUACAGGGGUUUGGGGGAUAUACUGUAUAUAAUAAAAGGACUGAAUUCAUUUCAUUUUUAUCUAGUGCCUUUACCGUGAGGGUGGUUUUUAUUAAAUACAUUUUAUAAUCCUUCAUAUUCAUCUUUGAACACACACACACACACAUUCAUCGAUCACUCUUCAGGAGCAGUUUGGGGUUUUUGUGUCUUGCUCAAGGAGACUUCAAAAUGCUGUAAGGACGAAGUCAAAGCACCAUAUUCACAAUAAUUGGAUAAGAAGCUCUAUCGCCUGAGCUACUGUGACCCCAUGUGUCCAAGCCAGGGGUCUCAAACCUACCACUGCUUGUAUUUAAGGUAUUUAACGGGAAAUUAUCUCCGUUUUCCACCAAAACCCGUUCGAGCUGGUGCCUGAUUUCAAACCAGUUCUUUGCGUUUCAGCAGCCAAAGAACUGGCUCUUGGCCAGGAAAAUUGGUUCCAGCGCGGCAUGAACAGUUUGCUGGUGCCAAGAACCGCUUGCAACAGGGGCUUGGGGGCGCCUUGUGGCCAGCCAGCUAUUUAUUUUAUUAGCUGUUUACCACUUUGAGCUAUAUGGCUAGCAUAGCUACUACUACCAAUAUCUCACAUCAGUGUUUCAUUCGUAACAUCAGUGUUACGAAGAAAUGUUGUUUGUAACUUUAAUGUUGCGUUCAAGGUUAGUAACAUUGCUGUGAAAGAUUUGUAGCUUGCUUGCAUAACGGUAGCUAGUGAGCCAGCUAACAUAACCUUGGUAACAGAAGUUGGAGACACAUACAGUGGCUGUGUAGUCCAGUGGUCCCCAACCUGGGGGCCGGGACCCCCACUAGGGGUACAAAUUGUAUUAAAAGUUCCCUAAAAGCAGGAAAUAAUCUGCUCAAAAUGUUACCAAAUCACUCAGACAGGUUCACUAUUUGGGUUCAUUGUGCAGUUUAUUAUCAGUGGUUCUGUACUGUUAUUGUUAUGCACUGAAUGUAAUAUGAAAUAUUCAUAAAAUAGGUCAUGUAGUAAGUGGUCGUCAGUUUGCUCUAUGAUAGAAAAGAGGCCCCUAAAGGGAAAAGGUUGGGAACCACUGCUCUAGACUGUGGAAAAGCAAACUGGUUCUUGGAAGGUUUUUGAACCAACUCUGAACUGGCACUAGUUGUUAGUGGGAAAGGGGUAUUAUAGGAGGGUCGCUACAACAUUCAAGUACUACCAGAAAGUGCAAUAUUCUGAAAAUACAGUACUUUCUGUACAUUUUUCUUUGUUGUUCGCAGCCACACAGCAAAUGAAACCUGAAACCUGCUCUUUUCUUAUCAACUGUUUGGAUGCAUUUGCAGGCAUCUUUUGACCUUUGCCAUUAAUUUACAGUGUAAAUACAAAUACAUAGUGUUACAAUACGUAAGUGUUUUUGCUUUAAUUGUAUAUGAAGGGGUGGUUUAAACUGAUUUAAACGCAGGGGGGAUGGGGAAAACAAAUUCACCAAACGGCCAGUUUUAUGUGAACAAGAUAUAAUGGCGUCUAUAAUUAUUAACUAUAAUUUAUCGAUAUUGUGGAGGAAUUAUGAAAAUGAUGUCAGUAAGAAACAACAACUAACUACAAGGUAAAAUAUCUGACUCAUAACUUAAAAUUGACAUCAACAAGGACUAAAUAAUUGUAGCUCUUUUAAUUAUUAUUUAUUAGAUUCAUACUUUGGUCCAGACUGAAAUAUCUCAACUACUAUUUGAUGAAUUACCAUGACAGUUUAUACAGACGUUCAUUUUAGCCAGUGGAUAAAUCUUAGUAACUUUUCCUAUAGUGGUAUCACCUGGCUCAGUACUUUGGUUUAUGAUUUAAAUACCUAAUGACAUUCCCAUCAGUGUGUGUUUAGUGCUAAUUACCUAAUAUUAGCAUUUCCAACAUGCUAAAAUAGGAUGGUGAGCAGGGCAAAACAUUAUAUCUGUUAAAAGCAACACAUUAGCAUUGUCACUGUGAGCAUGUUAGCACUACAUUAGCAUGACAUUAGCAUUUAGCUCAAAUGUAUUGAUCAAGUACAGUCUCAUCUGCUAGCCUGAUGGCAGACUCAAGAUAAACUUUAAUGAAGUUAUUAGUUCUAGAUUAUAAGUUAUUUGUUAAUAUGUGGUUUGAUGUUGACCUUGUAGGUUAAUUCUUGACCUUGUAAAGCAGGUUACCAAAAAUAUUCUCAUCACAAGGUCCACUCAUUUAGUUUAUCCCGAGCUAUGAGGCUCAUCUCUCAACUGCUAUCAUAUGACCGGAAAUCCAUACUUCGGUCACAUGAGAACAACUAAAGCAUCUCCAUAACAAUUGAUGCAACUGAUACCAAAAUAUGUGGCUGAAAGCUGUGGAAACCAAGUAAAUAGACCUUUUGAUGGGACUUAUUUUGGUCAAGCAUCAUAUUUAAUAUUUGGUUGCAAAUCAUUUGCAUUCAAUCACCCUCUGAAGUCUCGACACGAAGGCAUCAACAAACACUUUCAUUGUAAGCAUCUUCGCUUCUUGCUUGUUUUGGGGCCUUUUUGCCUUCGGUCUUGUCUUCAGUUAGUGAAACACAUGAUUAGUUGGACUGAGGUCAGUUGACAGGGGCAUGGUCAGGUGACGGAUUUGGCUAUGCGUGAAAAUGACACUUUUUGCCCCUUUAAAACCUGCCAUGGCAAGUGCAACUGACCUGCAUAGUCAUAAAACUGGAAGGGCUGUGUGUAAAAAGAGCUCCUAUGCUGGUCAGCCAGCAAGGAUUUGGACACCCUCACACAUCCUACAGCUUUGAGUCAGUACUCUAACCUUAUUGUUUCAUUUCAAUUCAGUACAAACCUAUAAGCAUGGAAAAUCUGUCCCUGGCAGAGGUGGCAAAAGUACACACACUCUUUACUCAUUACUUCUACUGUCAAGUAGAAGUGCAGAUACUCGUGCAAAGCAGAAGCACAGAUUCAACUUCUUCAAGUAAAAUUGAAAUAGUACAGGCUUUGAAAUGUAGUCAAAGUAUAAAAUUAAAAAGUACAAGUUUCUACAUUUUGACCAGCUGUUUCUGUGCGGUCAAGUCUUCCCCUCGUCUGUUUUGUGUUGUUACGUCUGUCAUGCGUGAUAUACACCGGCCUUCUUGUCGGGAAGGCGUGCAAUGAUGCAAAAAUUCUCUUCAAAUUCAUUAAAACUAAUGUGAGGAGUAUUAAAACUAAUGUGAAGAGCCUGUUUUUUAAUACAGAUAUUUGUAUAAAAAAAUAAAAUAAAAGUAAAAUUUAUAUACCUGAAAAAGCUACAUAAGUACAGUAAGGAAAUAUUUGGACUUUAUUACUUCCCACCUCUGGUCCCUGGACAAAUAUUUAUAGACUGCAUUGUAACUCUAAAGGGACAUCAGAUGCUAGAAACUACAGAAGAAUACUAAGAACACGUGUUAUCAUUAAAGACAUAUACCAGUAUUUCAUUUUUAAGGUUUGAAGUGUUUGAGCUGCAGUUACUACCUAACUAUAGGGUCACAUAUUCCCUUUACUUGGUCACUCAUUUAUUGCUUAAACUCUGCUCCUGCUGACACUUUAACUUUAUUUUAUGUCACCUUCUAUUUGUAUUUACAUUGUGUGUUUGUCUAAUGAGUUUAUAUGUCUUUUGUUGGUGUGAGAAAGAACAAAUUAAUGCUAAUAAAAGCCUGAGUUGAUCUUG